GUCGAACCAACUUAACUUACAUAUCUCCCGCCCUUUGCUUGUCAUGCCCGUCACCUUUAUCUUUGGCCGCAGUAAACGUGGAGCUGCAGACCCACGCUGCGAAUAGCGGUCCUCCGAAAUAACUAUCGGAGCAAAGAUGGCUCCGGACAGAGGUGAUGCGCCGCACCUAGCUGAAGCGCAAACGCCAGAGGACUUUGCCAUCUCCUCAAAGGUGCCGUAUGCGCCUGAAGGCAUGCAAGCGGACGAGACAGAGAUUGUCGAUACGGAGCGACGAACGGAGCGAGGCCGGCGUCGCAGCGAAACUCGGCGAUAUCUUGCCAAACACGCAGCAGAGGGCCAGAAUUUCACUCUUCGGGGCAUCUUCGUUGGCUUGGUCAUUGGCAUAGUUAUUUGCUUUUCAAAUACCUACUUUGGCCUCCAAACGGGAUGGGUCAGUUCCAUGUCGAUGCCGUCGGCGCUUAUCGGGUUUGCCUACUUUAAAGCGUUGUCUCGAUAUAUUCGCUUCCCUUUUACGCCAGUGGAAAAUGUACUGGUACAGACGGUUGCUGGUUCAGUCGGAACUAUGCCGUUAGGAUGCGGCUUCGUCGGCGUCAUUCCAGCUCUCAAUUUCCUGCUAACGCGAGAAGAAAAUGGACCAUUAAAUCUAAGUACGUGGAAACUCAUUCUCUGGUCGCUGGGAAUUUGCUUUUUUGGGGUCGUCUUCGCGGUCCCCCUGCGGCAGCAGGUAAUUAUCCGCGAGAAGCUCAAAUUUCCCAGCGGAACCGCGACGGCGUUGAUGAUCAAAGUCCUCCAUGCGGGUGGUGGUGACGGGGAAGAUAAUCGGGAAACCUCCGCACCCAGACAUGUUGAGGCUCAUUAUGCUCACGAGAAUUCUGCCAUGGUCAACGAAGUGACUCCUCCCGAGAUUUCUCAGCAGGUUGCGGGCUCGCAAGCCGUUGGCGAAGAUGAAGCAUAUAUUCGAGAACAAAACGAUUGGAAAGCCAAAGUCAAGCUCCUCGUGAUAUCCUUUACUAUAUCCGCUCUAUAUACCCUGUUUUCUUAUUUUGUGCCUCAAGUGCGCGACGUACCAAUUCUGGGGGGUCCCAUGGCGGCCAACUGGCUGUGGUCCCUGAAUCCUUCUCCAGCAUAUAUUGGUCAGGGAAUCAUUAUGGGUCCUGCUACCACUAUCUACAUGCUUUUGGGGGCUAUUAUCGGCUGGGGAUUCCUGUCGCCCCUCGCGAAGAAGAAAGGUUGGGCUCCUGGUCCCGUAGCCGACUGGGAGACCGGCAGUAAAGGCUGGAUCGUUUGGGUCAGCCUUUCCAUCAUGCUUGUCGACUCCAUCAUCAGUCUAGGGUGGCUUGCUCUUCGGCCAGUGGUCACUCACGGCAGCCGCUUUAUGAAGGGAAUCCACCAAAGCAUCCGACAAGAUGGUCUCGUUCCCACCCUCAAAGCCAGUCUGCCCACCAAAGGCUACAAGUAUAUGCAACUUAACAAUGGGGAUUCUGAAACUGAUGCCCUGGCAAAUCGCCAACCCACCGACGCACUUAGACGCGAAUCCUCUGCCCACGAGACCGGCGAAGAUGGCACGCACCGCCCAAUUCCCGCCAGGGCGCCGUCGUCAUACCCCGGCAUGCACGAACCUGUGGAUGAACUCCCCGAGGUCGAUGCGCCGCCAGAGCAUCUGAUCAGCAAUCGCGUAGUUGUUAUCGGUCUCGUGGUCUCAAUCGCCUUUUGUAUCAUUGCGAUCCACCUGACAUUCGGGAGUCUCGUCCCCUUAUAUGCAACCAUUACGGCCGUUAUCGCCGCGCUCUUCCUCUCCGUAAUGGGCGUCCGCGCCCUUGGCGAGACCGACCUGAACCCCGUCUCCGGAAUCAGCAAACUGACUCAGUUACUUUUCGCUUUGAUUGUACCCAGCUCUCACAAGAACGCUGUCAUAAUCAACCUGCUCGCUGGUGCGGUCUCGGAAUCUGGCGCUCUCCAAGCGGGCGACCUCAUGCAGGAUCUAAAGACGGGCCAUCUCGUUGGUGCUGCCCCCAAGGCUCAGUUUUACGGCCAAAUCAUUGGUAGUUUUGUUGGCGCUAUUGUCAGCGCGGCCGUGUACAAGUUGUACAUUCGUGUCUACGAAGUUCCCGGCGAGCUUUUCCAAGUUCCAACUGGAUACGUUUGGAUCUUUACAGCUAGGCUGGUUACUGGCCAGGGCUUGCCGGAAAUGGCGUGGCAAUGGGCUGUGGGCGUCGGAAUUGUCUUUUGCAUAGGAAGCAUCUUGCGCAUUGCCGGUCACGGAACGUUCUGGCAGAAAUUUAUUCCUGGCGGAAUUGCUGUUGCAGUUGGCAUGUAUAACGUUCCGUCCUUCACGCUUGCUCGUACCAUUGGCGGCUUGCUCCAGUGGUACUGGCGCUCGGUCAAACGACAUGACGGCGCCCCUGUUGUUAUCAUUGCAAGCGGCCUGAUUCUUGGCGAAGGUGUUUUUAGCAUUGUCAAUCUCUUGCUUGCAAGUUUGAGUGUGCCGCAUCUCUGAUAGAGGGGUUGCACAUUUACGCGACGAGGAAUGAGUAAAUAAGUUUUGACGAGCGUGAUAUCUAAGAUCCAUCUAAAGAUAUUAUUUUUUUAAAUACCCCGAGC